AUGAGCCCAACUAAACGUGACGACGGUGCGGGUAAACGAGCUGCACACGUCGUGGUGGUGGACGACCAAGUCAAGAACGGCGACGACCAUUUGGAAGAAAAGUCGGCAGCGCCAUUGGCGGAGAUAAACCAAAUGCUGGUUAUGAUUAGGGACCUCUCGGAAAGAACAAAUCGAAUAAAGUUCUUCCGGAGAGAGCAAACCAACAAGCACUGGGAGGACUCAACCGAGUCGAGUGUCGCCAGUCGCGAGAGGGAGGUCGGGGCAGGGUCGAAACUCCGGACCCUGGAACAUAACCCUCUUAUGGAACCUUCGAAUGUGUCGCCAGCCACCUACUUCGGCGUCCGACGACAACAACAGGCAGGUAUUGAGAUACCCCCUGCAGAAUACGCAGGCCCGGCAGUCAACAUGGUUCAGGCACCCGACCCCGGAGUAAACAGGGCGGGUUUUCCUGCGGGAUAG